AGGCCGAUGGCCCGAGCGCUGGCGCCCCUCGGCGUGGGCCGCCCGGCCCCCUCUGCGCCGCCCCCCCGCGCGGGAUGCAGGCGAGGCGCGGGGCGUGCACCGCGGGUGUGCUGCUCGUGCUCGGGUUCGUGGCGCUCGUCUCGGUCACGGGCUGGCUGGAGUGGCGGAGCCUGGCCUCGUCGCCCGCGGGUGCCGCCGCCGCGGCCUGGGUCGCCGGCGGAACCCCAGCCGCGGGCACCGCCCCUGCUGGCGGCGGUGAGCCCGCCGCGCUGGAGGACGAAGCCGCGGAGCCGUUCCUCACGCGGCCCCUGGCGGCCGCCAGUCGCGCCGCCCUCCGCGAGCCGCCGCGCGAGGAGGCGGCUGGCCGCCGGCCGCGGGAUGCGGGCGGCUUGCCGGCGGGCGGCCUGCCAUCGCGCAGCGCGGCAACGGCCGCCAUCGGGCGGGCUGAGGCGCCAGGGUCCGACGGAGCGCGGGCGGACGACGCGACCUUUGGGUUCUUCUUGACCGUGUUCAACAUGAUCCCCGGGGUGCUCCGGGUCGUGUACCAGGUGCGCCAGUUCUACCCGGGUUCCCCGAUGCACUUGCUGUCCGACGGCGGCCGCUACGACUUCAGCAAGGUGUGUAAGUUGCCGAAGUACAACUGCACGUUUGAGGUGAGCCAGCCUGCGAACAGCCGGUGGAACCCGCACCCUUGGCUUGAGAGGCUAUGGCAUGUCGCGAAAUGGAUUGGCACGACUUAUCGGGACAGGCCGACGCCGCAUCCACCGAUGUGCUUCUCC